CACUCCCCUGCCCAGCCCUUCUUCUGUGUGCGUGCACGAACCACAGACAUCAUGGCGUCCUUAUCGAUGGCCCCGGUCAACAUCUUCAGACAUGGAGCUGAUGAAGAGAAAGCUGAAACUGCACGACUGUCUUCCUUCAUCGGCGCCAUCGCUAUCGGCGAUCUGGUGAAGAGCACUCUGGGUCCAAAGGGGAUGGACAAGAUCUUGCUGGGCGGAGGGAAGGCAGGUUCAGUGACGGUGACUAAUGACGGAGCGACCAUCCUGAAAGCCAUCGGAGUCGACAACCCCGCCGCAAAAGUUCUGGUUGACAUGUCGAAGGUUCAGGACGAUGAGGUUGGAGACGGGACGACCUCCGUCACCGUGCUCGCCGCAGAGCUGCUCCGGGAGGCGGAGCUUCUGAUCGCCAAGAAGAUUCACCCACAGACCAUCAUCGCCGGCUGGAGGAAGGCGACUCAAGUUGCCAGAGACGCUCUGAGGGAGGCUGCCGUGGAUCACAGCAACGACCCGGCUCGAUUCCAGGAGGACCUUCUGAACAUCGCCCGGACGACGCUGUCCUCCAAACUGCUGACUCACCACAAAGAUCACUUCUCCCAGCUGGCCGUCGACGCCGUCAUGAGGCUGAAGGGCUCUGGCAACCUGGAGGCCAUCCACGUCAUCAAGAAGCUGGGAGGCAGCCUCACUGACUCCUACCUGGACGAAGGUUUCCUGUUGGACAAGAAGAUCGGAGUGAACCAACCCAAGAGGCUGGAGAACGUCAAGAUCCUGAUCGCCAACACCGGCAUGGACACAGACAAGAUCAAGAUCUUUGGCUCCAGGGUUCGUGUCGACUCGACAGCGAAGGUUGCAGAGAUCGAACUCGCAGAGAAAGAGAAGAUGAAGGAGAAAGUAGACCGAAUCCUGAAACAUGGAAUCAACUGCUUCAUCAAUAGACAGUUGAUCUACAACUAUCCAGAGCAGCUGUUUGCUCAGGCUGGUGUCAUGGCCAUCGAGCACGCUGACUUCGUCGGCGUGGAGCGCCUUGCUCUGGUCACUGGAGGAGAAAUCACUUCCACCUUCGACCACCCCGAGCUGGUCAAACUCGGUCACUGCAAGCUGAUCGAGGAGGUGAUGAUCGGAGAGGACACACUCAUCCACUUCUCUGGAGUCGCCAUGGGUGAGGCGUGCACCAUCAUCCUGCGAGGAGCCACUCAGCAGAUUCUGGACGAGGCCGAGCGCUCGCUGCACGACGCUCUGUGUGUGUUGGCUCAGACUGUGAAGGAGCCACGCACCGUCUACGGAGGAGGCUGCUCUGAGAUGCUGAUGGCCAAGGUGGUGACCGAUCUGGCCAACAGGACGCCAGGAAAGGAGGCGGUCGCCAUGGAGUCUUUCGCCAAGGCUCUGAGGAUGCUGCCGACCAUCAUCGCCGACAACGCCGGCUACGACAGCGCUGACCUGGUGGCUCAACUGAGAGCUGCUCACCAGGAGAACAAGACCUCCUUCGGACUGAACAUGUCUGAAGGUGUGAUCGGCAACAUGGCGGAGCUGGGCAUCACAGAGUCCUUCCAGGUGAAGCGUCAGGUGCUGCUGAGCGCGUCUGAAGCCGCUGAGAUGAUCCUGAGAGUCGACAACAUCAUCAAAGCUGCGCCCAGGAAGAGAGUUCCGGACCAUCACCCCUGCUAGAGGAAGAGGAGGAUGAAGAUGACGAACGGGGGAGGGAUCAGUUUUGUUAUUUAUGGCCUCUGUGUAGAUCAAAUUUGAAGAAACGCUCCGCUGUCCUUUUUCUCUGUUAAUCUCACUGUGGACGCCGGCUAACGCUAGCACCACCCAACACUGUGUCAGUGGGAAGUGUGGAGCUAAUGUGACGUGUUGGUGAUGCUAACGUUAGCUCAGGUUACAGCACUUGCUGGAGGCUGGUUGUGCUAACGUUGGCCGGUUUGUGCCGAUUAUGACGGAAGUUUGGACGUUGUUUGUUUUUGUUUACUGAAAAUAAAAAAAACAAUCCUCACCAGUA